ACAGUAUUGUGAUGCCAAGCUCUACUCGCCAUUGUAUCUGCCAACCAACCACUGGCCAAAUUGCCAAGCCACUUUAUGCGGAGCUAGUACUUUAGUACAUGUUGCCCUGGGCAGUUGAGCUCCAUUUGAAUAGGGCAGAGAUAUCUAUGCAUCCCUCCUACGCAGCUAUUGCGAUCUGGAGGCUUGCCGUGCCCUGAAGUAUAUCCUCCGUGGUCUUACCGGUAGCUGGUUAGCACGACAAUGUGCCCAACUUUGCAUUUGUUGUCACUCUUCGUUGGGCCUGUACACGGAUUCACUUUCUAGUGGUCAGUCAUAGAGAUGAAGUGAUUGUAAUGCUAAUCACCUGUGGGCAUAAAUCCUUGAUUGGACUUAGGAAGAAGGACUGGAUAUCUGUGAUACAUGGACAGUGUACCAGUAGCGUGACUUUGUACAUGUCCAUCUGCAGAACUCUUCACCUGGAUUCAUACUGGUACUUGUGCAAGCUACUUGGAACUACUUACCAGAUUUGGUUACAGUUAGCAAUAUGUCUGUCAUAUUGCAUUUUUAUGGUGCUGGUACGUGUACGCUGUACAGAUCACUGAUGAAGACAUUCCAGACUGGUGCCAGAAGUUGUUGAACUGACAACCUGUUUGUCACUAUUACAUGCUUCAUUAGGAUGAACCCUGCAGAACCAAGAGUCAAAACAGUCCUUGCUCAAAAAUUAUCGGCCAUCCGUGACAUUUCGGUGUAAGAAACCAUAAUAAUUGGCUACGGCAUGGGCAGCCUUGUGAGUCAUAAGGCACUCGCAUGACUUGUAACGUCUCAAAAAUUGGGUGGGUCACAGUGCAAAAAAUAGAGUAGGCUUGCACUGAUGCAUCAACAGUUCCUGCCCAGAGAACUACGUCUGGAAUACCAUGCAAAGUCUACAUUUCUAAUCACACAUCUAAGUCUUCUUCACACACGAUUGGCAAGUCGUCUCUAGAUUGGCAAGUCACCUCUCCAUGGAGAUGUACGUGCAGUGCAUGUACAUGUACAUACAGUAUCUCAACAGUACUAUGAAGCUGCACUUGGUUAAAGGAACACUGGAGUAACUGUAAAAGUGUCUUUUUUUUAACCGGUGAGGUGCGCAGUAUUCAUGUGAAGUGUACAUCUAUUAAGAACUUCUUGGAGUCACAGGACAUUGGUUCACAGACGUUAGAAUGUCCUCAUCAGAUUUGUCCAAGUCUAUUCCUGGGAUGCCCUCUCUGCCCUCAGAUUUAAAACUGGAUUUCUAUCAUCUGCAGAGUGAAGGGAGCAGCAGCCUAGGGCUUCAGAAUCUGGUGGAAGAUAAGGACGUGGCCGCCAAAGCUGUCGCGUUGGUCGUCAACAGCAGCCGGAAAGGGGUCGUGUCGCUCUGCGCUGACGUGGCCAGUAUACUCAGAGCAAAGAAGAAAUUGGAACACACACUUGAACUUCAACACAAAGAGCUCCUGAGGCUGAGACGGAACCGCCAGCUGUCCGGCAGUGCAAGCAACAGAACCAGUCGCUCCACCAGCCCAACGCCUCCCUCGUUCAGAUCCUACGGCUUCUCCUCCUCUUUGUCUCUCUGUCACAAUUCGAGCCACAAGGUGCAUACCUCAUCGUCACACUCGUCAUCAAGAUGCAGCCAGUGCUCCUCUCUUUCCUCCUCCCCCAAAGUGGAACGAGCCCUCGACCAAUCCACAGCCUCCAGCGGGUCACAUGACUCGGGCACCCACCAGCAUUCAUCCACGGAGCUCCUGCCAAAUCAGUACCUAGUGACGGCAGAGGUUCACCAGACCCCACCCUCUGAAUGUAGCAUUGAGGAUGAUCAUGUGUUCGAGGACAUACUGACUGUCCGAAAAAAUGUUGAUACCUUCUCCCGAGAGGUCCAGUGCUCAAGUCUUUCUGAAGAGAAGCAGGAGUUAGAGAGGAAGUACCAUGAAGUCUGUAAUGAAAGAACGAGACUGGAAGAGGACCUCCAUAAAGCGAGGCAGGAGGUCAUUGACCUCAGGAAUCAGCUGUGCAUCAGUGAGGCGCUUCAUGAGGAGCAGAGUAAAAUUUGUGAUUUGCGAAUAGAAAAUGAGCUGCAUGGCAGUUGGUUAGAUGCUUCAAAAGACAUCACUGACAACCAAUCAGAGAACUGUAUAAACCUGCCAGCACUAAGCCCCACCGAGCACCUUCGCCGUCAUAGCAACCCUAAAGCCAGCUUAGCUUCAUCAAGUGUUCCAACAUCAGUCAGCCCCCACCCACCAUCUCAGCCACGCACCCAGUCACCCCCGCAUCCACCCUCGCCUCACUUCCUCGCUGGCUGUCUGUGCACACCUUGCCAGAAGCUGCAGCAGGAGGGCGCCAGGCAGGUUCUGCCAUCUCAGGGGUACACCAUGAUGAGGGGACUUAACCACAGUUUUACAAUUCAUCUUGAUGAUCAUGUGGCUACAAAAGGUGACAGGACAGGUUUGAUCCGGUACAUAGGCCAUCUGGACAAUGCCAACUCAACUCAGGCAGUGUACGUGGGCUUGGAGCUCGACGCACCAGUUGGUCGCCAUGAUGGCUUCACUCAUGGAAAGCGAUACUUCUGGUGUCAUCGUAAUCACGGGCUCUUUGUGCCAGUUCAGGACAUUGCUGCGAUCAUCAAGAAGCCUGUGAAGAGACCGAAGACGGUGGACCCAAGCCGUCGCCAUGGGUCGGCCAAUCACAGCCUCAAACACCCGCCGAGGAGCCAUGCAGUAGAGGUGAAGCAUAACAAGUCAGGGAGCCACACAUCAUCAGGGAAGAGACUCCUAUCAGCCGAUAGCACCAGUCUCAAACAGAAUAGAGUUCUUCCAACUCCGUCAGUCACAUGAUGCUUGGCCAAGAACAAACUCAACAUGUCACAACUCCUGAUGCUUCAAAUUGUCCAAUGCAGACAGCUCUAACAAUUUUCUAAGCAUUUUCAUGAAGUGUCUUAAAUUCAGCAGUUGGCAGUGUACGUCAAAAGUGUAGUCAAAAAGGCAGGUUUCAAAGUGUCUUCAGUUUGGUCCAGUGUGCGUGCUUCCUGAAUGCACCAAAAUUGCACUUACAUGUAUAGGAUAAAAAACAAAUUGGAGAAUUAAAAAUGAGUGGUUUGUAGAUAUUGAAUGUUCAUUUCUCCAACUUUAACUUCAUAAAUUGAUGGCAAUUCCAUUUUCUCAUUUUGAUUAUCAAAGAACUUGGAGGUGCUUCUUUUAUAUGUGUGUUUAGUCUGUAUCACAUUUCAACUGAAGAGUUUUUCAUAGGGAAUUUUGAUGGCUUUUGUUGAAACUGAUACACAAAAUACUGUGAUUUUUUUAAAAUCUGUAUUCCUAUGAAAACAGUGCUAACAGUUCUCAGUUUAAAAGAAAAAUCUUCUUUUGCUUCCUGCCAAGGUGUGACUGUCGUCAGACCAUCUUUGAAUAUAUCAGAAAGCAUGUUUCAUUUAAAAAAUCUUGUGUUCAAUUGAAGUCAUUCCAAUAUCUGCCUCUUUUGACAUACGUCUUUUUGAAAAUUUCUUUUAUUGUUUUGGCUGUGAUUGUUGUUUCUUCAUCAUUUGAUCACUUUGCAUGCACUUUAAUUUUGUUGUCACAAUCAUUUAUUUUGACUGGUGGCCUUUUUCUUUGGGUCACAAACUCUGCACAUUUUCACAUCAACAAUUUCAAGUUCAGGCUCAUGCCAUUGUCGUACAAAAAUUGUGCUUUUAAAUGGCACAGCAGGUUAAAACCAUUCCCGAAGUAUCAUUGUCAGAUCAAACAGGAACUGUGAAACCUUUUCUUUUCAGUGUUUUUCAAUGGGAUUUUUUCCAGCUGGUCUGUGGUUGAUGGCAGCCUCUCCAUGCAUCGCCAUCGUCUUAUCUCCUAGAGGCAAAUAUAACGUAAUAAUGUAUGAGCCUGUUCUUGAGAUGGUUGUUCUUUUUGACAGGGUACCGUUGUACCUACUUUAACUGUACACAUUCACCUCUGUAUAUUUCGACAAAGUUAUUUGCCAUCCUUGUGUUUGUUUUGAUUAGUGUGUGCAUUUCCUUAAAGGAAAAUCUGCUUAAUUGUCUUCCCUGCUGCACUUUUGGGGUCAUCGUACAUGUUUUGUGUGUGUGAGUUUGUU